UUGUGUGUGGUCGUCAAUACUGUAAUUACGUGAAAAUGUCAGUCGCUUAACGUCUGGAAAUACGGAAGAUAAAACACCAACAGAUACCUACAAAGAACUUAAUAGGGCAAGCGGGACAAGUUCAGGGCCACGAAGGCUGGUUUUCAAAUAACACAAACGCUCUGUAGAAGGGCGAGAGCCGGUAGACGAUGACAACCGGUCAGGCAGACGUCCGUCCGUAAUGCCGGCGCAUGUGACGUCGGUUGUCCAAUAUUUUCGUGCACUGGUGGAAUAAAUUACAGAUGUCUUACCACACAUCCUAUCAACUGGUUCGUAAACCACUGUCCGACUCUCGUUCUUUUGACUUCAACCCUGACCGGAUGGCAGUGAUAACAACUCUUCAUAGAAUAGCAUCUGUCGCUAUCGAACGUGUCAUGCUUAUGAUGAACAAUACAGAAAUGUGUAAAAUACGUCGUCUGGACAACAUUGAACAAGCGCUUAUUUUUCUGGCGGGAAAUCAUGAUGACGAAGGAAUGUCAGGAGAUCGAGGCGACUUCUACCGGAGAAAACUUGCAGAUCAAAUGCAUGUUGCAUUCGCCGUAGAAGGUGUUACUCAUUAUAAUGUUUUCUCUGUUGUUAAAGCUGCCAUUGUUUUGGAACAAGAAACAAGAAAAGCUCUAGCAGAAAGCGCUAAGUCACGUGAUGUUGCACCAUACGUGGAAAUUGAUGAGACAAUACUAGACAUUCUUGCUAGAUUGGCAGAUAUUUUUUAGCUUCUUCAGUAUAGCAAUUGUCUAUAUAGCAUUUAAAAAUGCUUACAGUUUUAAUUAAAUAAAUGUGAUAUACUAGUGUAAGAG